UAUCCGGUUUUUUCACUCUCCCUUGCCAACAGAGAGUUCGCCGUGCGAUGACAGGGAGGAGUUAAACUGAUUUGGCGAAGGAUUGGGUAACUUAAGACGUUUGGGAACGUUCUUUUCCCGAACACUCUCCGGGUUACAGUUACUGAGUGCAGAGUACAACGAUUCAGUUGGUUUGAGACACUGCUUGAAAACUUUGCAUCGUGAAGCAACUUUUUCCUUGUAAGAUACAAAGGCAAUUUCGUUGCGGUGCGUCUCAUUGUAAUAUACAAUGCGGUAGUGGUAUCCUGGAGGAAACGGAGAUUGCAGAUUCAGAACAAGGAUAACAAAAGGAAAGGUCGCGUGUCAGUGCAACAGGUAGACACAGUUACGCCGUUCGUCUGAGAGAGAUAAACACCAACUGCAUCAAAAUGUCCAAAGCCAACCUCUCGGGAACUUACCACAUGGUAUCUCAAGAUAAUAUGGACGGUUACCUCGGAGCUCUGGAUGUGAACUUUGCGCUGAGGAAGGUGGUGUGCAUGCUGAAGCCCACCAAACAGAUCCAGCACGACCCCAGCACAGGACACAUGGCCAUCAAAACCAUCACCACCUUCAAGAACUUCGACAUGGACUUCUACCUGGGCAAGGAGUUCACCGAGGACCUGGGGCCCGUUGAUGGACGCAAGUGCCAGACAACAAUCGACUGGCAGGGGGAUAAGCUGGUGUGUGUCCAGGCGGGGGAAAAGCAAGGCCGAGGCUGGACACACUGGCUGGAGGGAAACACUCUGCACCUGGAGCUAAGAGCGGAGGGGGUGACCGCCAAGCAGGUUUUUAAGAAGGCCGAGUGAAUGUGGGGGUCCUGGCCAGAGUGUUGCCACGGCAACAGCCAGCGCUCUGGCGGCCAUGACGCUACACAGAGACUGAAGCCCUCCCGACAGACAGACAGACGUUUAAAAGUGAUAGCAUUAGCAUAGUCUUGACAAUUGGUUUUAUUUCGAAAUGCAAAGGUAGUGGAGGCACAUUAGCCACUCCUCCUCACCCAGUGCGAUGUGUGAAUGGCUCUGCCUGGUGUGGAGGAAUCUGAUAAAUGAAAAGAUCAACCCUCUUAUCCGCCGUAUCUCCAAAAUGGCCGCUGGCUCUGGAACAGGUUUGCUGGGCUGGAUCUGGGCUGGAUCUGGGCCACAUCUGUCCCAGAGUCAGACGCUUGCCUGUAGUGCCGUUUCCUCCACCUGGAUGCAGAUGAAGUGCCCCAACUCUUCCUGGUGGGAGCUGGAGCCAGUCAGUCCAGUCAGGAAGUGGAGGCGGCUGACUCACGGCUGACUCACGGCUGACUCGUGGCUGACCUGCUCCUACAGUGCGCUCCACUGGCCCCCCCGGGCAAUACAUCCCCCAGUGAUGUGGCUAGUUUACAUGCAUGCAAAUACACUAUUACAACAACA